AAACACUUGAGGGAAGGGGGGAGAUGUGGUGGUGAGGCCAAUGUACCAACUGCAGGCCUCAGGAAGGAUAUGCAGACAUGUCUGAAAAAAGCUUUGAGGGGCAAGGAACCACUUGGAGAUUUAAGCCUCAGAGGACAAAUCAGGCAGGUUGCCAAAACCAAGACUUUUUUUUUUUUUUUGAGAGGACUCAGAACCUUCCACGAAGGCAGCCAAAAUGAAGAAGUCCUAGAAAAUGAGAUAAGCAGGAAACAUGCAUCUGUGUCCUUCCUCCCUCUCCCACGUUUCCGUGCUUCACUCUGCCCCCAAUACAGCUGAAGAGACAAAGGUCAGGAGUGUUGGUAAGAAAUUCAGUUACCAUGUCUACUGCAGUCUGCAAAUCCCAGCAUGGCUGAGAAGAACAAGACAGACAAGACAUACAUAUGGUGGCCUGCACAUUAAUAAGGCUCUGGAAAAAAUGUUCGUUUUCCCGAGAAGGCCUCAAAGGCACAAGAGAAGCCUGAAUCCUCACUGCUGGCUAGCCAACUCUGAAAUUUGCUCCACUCUGGGAGAGACAAGGUACCUCUAACAGACCUGCUUCCUCUGCCAGAAAAAAAAACAGCCCAGAGCCUGUGACUCAGGGUCAGUGUGGAGAUGCUGUAUGAUGCCCUUUGUAUCCAAAUGACAACUUUAACAUCUAUCAGUGCAUCUUUAUUGGAUAACAAGAAGAACAGAGACAGAAAUCAGGCUUAUCCAUGGCCAUGACUGGAAUCUGGAGCAGAGCCUGAAUUAGCUUCUUCCUGGGCCCUCCAUACCUCCAGCUGUCCGGGAGCCCCAGGUACAGGGCUAAGGUAUGCAGAAUACUGCCAAGAAAUGAGGGUGGGCUGCAGGGGAAUGGGCUCUGGCCCAGGCUGGGUGUCCCAGGGAAGAAAGAAAAAGAGGUUAACAUAAUUGUGGCUAGAGGUGAGUUGAGGGCAGGCAGGACACUUAAACUGGAGAGGGCACAAACAGUUCUCGUCAGACAGACGGUUGGAACUCCAAACACCAUCAUACCUCAAAUGUGAGUUUAAAUCCUGCCCAUUUGCUUGAGUUGACUACUGACUGAACAGUUAGGAAUCUGCCUCUUUGGCUACCCAACAUCCCCUCUUGUUUUUUAUGAACAGUCCCUGAAUUUAUUCAGGUGUCAGUGUGCGCAGCUAAUCCCUCCAUUUCCCAGUCUUCCACUCAGGGGUGACCAAAGAGGUGAAGCAGAAGUCAUUACGUGUGGCUCCUAGGACAUAUCCUUAAGGGCUGACCUGGGGGUGGGUAGGGUGUGAGGAGGGUGGAGGUACCAUUUCAGCCCCUGCCGCUGGCCUUCCUCCGAGCUGCACUGUGGAAUGAUAGCUAGGCUCGGUCAGUCAUUUUGUUACCACGGGGGUAGAAGCUCUGGACUAAGGAUGGUAGAGCACAAAUACAAAAGGAACCUGGAUUCCUGAUGCUUCCCUGGAGCUGUGAGAUGGUUCUGAAUUGCCAACCUUCAGACUUCUUUAUAUGGGAGAGCGACCUCUGAACUGUGGUUAAGCCGUGUGGAGUUGACUCUCCACGAACAGCGGUGAAUGGGACACAAUUCCAAUCUAUGCCUUCAUUCAGCUGGGUCACCGGCUUGCGCAGGAGGACUCACCCUCUGGCCAGGUACUGUGGCCAGGUGGGGAGGCCACAGUGGUGAACAAGACAGGCUAGAAUGGAACUUUAUACUCUCGGCCGGGGGCUAGGCAGACAAAACCAGCUGGCAAAGAAGGCAACCAUAACAUUCUAGAUAGUGACUAAGUACUAAUAAUAACGCUAAGUAAUAGUGAUAGUGAUAAGAAAAUAAAGUACUUUUGUGACUAAAAUGGCCAGGGGUACAUCUGAUAGUCCAGGAAAGUAUCUGGGGAACAGGGAUGUGAAUGAUAUAGACCCAGUCAUGCAAAGAUCAGAGGUUCAGCCAGAGGCAAUGGCAAGUACGAGGCCUGAGGUAGGAACUGGCCUGGAGUGUUCAGAAAGCCUGUUUGACUGGCCUUGUGGUUUAAAAAAAAAAAAAAAAAAGAGUUGGAUGGUGGUCAGAGAGGUGGGGUGGGGUCUGUAGGACAAUGCAAGGACCCUAUUCUAAGCCUGACAGAGAGCCACUGGAGCAUCUUAAGCAGGAGAAUGAUAGGAUCUGAUUACCUUUUAAAAAGGUUAUCAGUGUCACUGCGGGCUCCGGGAACACCUUAUCCUGAGACUCCAUUUUGGUUCGGAUAAAAUGCUUUAGUUUUAAUGCCCACGACAAGAAAUGCAUUCUUUUGCAUCCCCACGCCUCACCGUUCCCUGCUGUUUGGCUUGGCCCAGUUUAUGGAAUUACAUCACACACCCGGCCACCUGACGCAUUUGAGUUUGUGACUCCACAUCUCGUCCAUUCUCCUAUUUGUACAAAGACACAGGCCCAAGACAUGAACGACUUGUCCAAAAUCAGAGAAAAGACUCCAAGCCAGGCUCUUUACUAGCUGUCCCCCCCCAACCCCACCUUCCCUAACAACCUGCUGCACAGCCAAGUUUUGUUAGGAAGGAGGCACUUGCCCAGCUCAAUAAGAAAAAGGAACCACGUGGUGUGUGGAAGUUGAUAAAGGGAAAUCUCAUUUGAAGUGGAGUCAGGACACCCUGUAGGGGGACCUCUCACCCACACUUUCCCUCACAGCUUACCUCACAUUCCUGAACAGGUCAUUUUACAACCCCAGCAGGUAGAAAUGAGUGAGAAACUAUCACAACUCAGCCCACCAGAAACCAUCACCACCCUGAACUCUUGCUUUCCUCCAACAGGCUCAACAGACCUUGGUUCAAAGCAGCCCUUCCCAACUUCCUCUUUUUUUUUUUUAAAUAAUGUUCCUCUGUUCCUCUCCUUUGUUCUCCAGACUGGCCUAUGGUUUGCCAUAGCCUGCAGGUCCCAAAUUGCAAUUCCUCUGCUAUUCCCAAAUACACUCAUUUUGCUGGUAAAAUAACUAGCUUUUUUUGUUUUUUUUUAGGUCAACAGGUUAUUAAAUAAUGUAUGUCACACCAAACGGGCUCUGAUAUUUUUAUCAUAUUAUUUCAUCCUAAUCAGCAUGCAGAAACUACUUUAUAAUGUUGUCAUUUGAUUUCUGUGAAAAUUAAUAAAAGGAAAAGUCACUCGGAGUCGGAGGCCAGCAGGAGUAGCUCUUGCACGCUUAUGGGGGGGGUCAACUGCAGCCCCCAGGGGAAGUGACAAACGCACUUUGCACCUCCUGUCCCAGCAGGAGGUAGAAAGGUUUCCUCCUGCCCCAGCAACAGCCCAGCCAAUGGGAGGCGGUGAAACUCAGCCCAAUGAGAAGCCAGUAUACUUGGAACUCCGGCUUUUUUACUCCAAUGGACUUUUUGGUUAUUACAGGCUUCCCAACCACCCCUCUCCCAGUGUUCCUCCCCUUUCUUCUGGGCACUUGCCUAUGGCUUUACCUAAGCUUGCCUGUCCCAGAUUGCAAUUCCCAAAAAAACCGCCCCCUUUUUUGCUGGUUAAAUAACGGUCACUUUUAUUUUUAAGGUUAACAUUUCCAAUACCUCUUUCCAUGUAGACAGGCCCUGGAGCCAGUUAUUCCAACAGCUAAACAACAUCUCACUAUGUACGCAUGCCCAUUUGUGACCGUUUGUCUUCCUGGGCACCUAAGGUAUUUGUUUCCCCCCAACUAUAUAUAGCACUGCUAGCCGAUGUCUCGUUUAAUACAUAUUCCUUUUCAUGUGCUUCUUUAGCUAAUAUUCUCAUUAAGACAAAAGGCUUAAGAUUAUUUUUCUAGGAUCUGCUACAGACUGCCAUGAGCCAAAACAGGCGGCUCCCUGCGACCAGCAUAGCCCUGGCCGGUGUCCCGCAGGCCUAAAUGAUGGAAGCCCCUGUCCAAACUGACCCUGGACUGCCCUGUUUCAUUUUUAACACGAGGGUAAUCACACCACGGACCUCCUAAGACAGAGGGCCCAUUAAAGGAGACGAUUCCGCUAAGCACUUAUAACCGGACCUAGCACGCGGUAAGAGGUCCAUGGCGUAAUACUUAGCAAGAAAAAGGAUCGAAAACCCAACAGCCUGUGAGACUCUCCAGAAAAGCUCCACGACCCUCAGAUCAAGCCCAGAGCUGAGACCAAGGGUCAGCUGAGCCACCCGUAUGCCCCUCUGGCUUGUUUCUUAAAUUGCAUCACUUUCUGGUUGAUGUUACUUCAUUUGAUAGCCCACCUACUUUUGUGACCUUCUUAAGGACCCCACAUUCUGUGCUUUGAUGUUUGGUGUCUUCAGAUGACCAUAUAAAGCAGAAGAACCCGGGGGUCGCAUCGGAAACCAGUCUUCCCGGGAGGCGGGGCGAGGCGGCCAUGCUGGCGGCAGGAGCCGACGCAGGCGCAGGCGCCGGGCCGAGAGGUGCGCACCCCGGCCGGGACGGCCGGGACUGCCGUGGUGGUCGCGGCUGGCUCCGCCUUCCCGGCGGCGAGGGGGCGAUGGCGGCUGCUGCCUUCUCCGGGGACCGGCCUAUCUCGCGCCCACGGCACGUUCCGGGGCCAGGCGGAGACGCUGCUUCCACGACUCUAAGGCCGGAAAGCCGGAUACACGUAUUUGCCCUCUGCGUGCCUUUCCCGUCCCGCUUGGAGGCGGAGAUCGCCUAUCGGUCCCUGACCCCAGAUGCCGAACUCCACAGAGGGGCUGUUGAGAAGCAGCUCACAGUGAGUUGCAGCGUCGUGGCCGUCCGCUGGAGAGGUGAAGAUCCUCGCCUCCUCCGAAUUUCCAUCAUCAGCUUUCUUGAUCAGCUUUCCCUGGUGAUGCAGACCAUGCGGCGCUUUGGGCCCCCCGUUUCCCGCUAAGCCUGGGCUGGGGAGAGGGGGCUAAGGCCUAUCUUGUCCCUUCCCAAGGCACUGCGUCCUUCCCUGGGUCAGUGAUCCCUGUAGUAGUAGCUGCAACGGUGUUAGGGGGGCCUGGUCUUCUGGUGUUGGGGAGGCCUGAUCUUCUGCUACUGCUGGCCCUAGGGCACUCAGGGUCCAUUUGUUUUGUUUGUUGCCUAAAUGUUGGUUACUGCAGAAAAUAAAACUGAGCUUUGCUAAAAAAAAAAAAAUCUCAUGAGCUAGAAGAGUAAAUUUCAUAUAUACAUAAAUUAUAAGAAGAUAUUCUUAGUAAUACAAAGAUCUCCAAAAAAAUGUGUUUUCCUAAUUUCUUUUAAAACCCCUGCUAUACAAUGCUUAUCAGCUGUUAUGUUAAUUUUAGAGAAUGAUUCAUCACUCUAGGUUGUUUUUUUCCUGUAUUUGUCUAAUAAAAUGAAAGAUGAACUCUGA